AAACUUCUCGAUAAACAACAAUUUGUGCCUGUCAUUUGCACUGUCAUUCUGUUUGUGAUUUUAAAAGAAGUAAAAUAUUAAUUCAACAUGACUUUGGAUACUGCUCCAGAUCUACCCCGCGCUGGCUUCAACUUCGACAAUUGCCGGCGCAAUGCUGCCCUCAUACAAGGCGGCUUCAAGCCACCUACAAUGACGAAAACUGGCACCACAAUUGUUGGUAUAAUUUACAAAGAUGGUGUCAUAUUAGGAGCUGACACUCGUGCCACUGAGGGACCCAUUGUAUCUGACAAAAACUGCGCCAAGAUCCACUAUCUGGCUAAAAACAUUUACUGCUGUGGUGCCGGCACUGCCGCUGAUACGGAGAUGACCACAGACUUAAUCUCAUCUCAGCUGGAGCUCCAUCGGCUCAACACUGAGCGACAGGUGCCUGUAGUAUGUGCUAACAACAUACUAAAGCAGAUGUUGUUCCGUUACCAGGGCCACAUUAGCGCUGCGUUGGUCUUGGGUGGUGUCGAUAAGUACGGACCGCACAUAUAUUCCAUUCAUCCCCAUGGUAGCUCCGAUAAAUUGCCCUACGCAACCAUGGGAUCAGGCUCGCUAGCAGCUAUGACCGUUUUCGAGAGCCGUUGGAAGCCCGAUCUAUCUGAGGAGGAAGGAAAAAAAUUGGUGCGUGAUGCUAUUGCUUCUGGUAUCUUCAAUGAUCUUGGAUCUGGAUCCAACGUGGAUCUCUGCGUGAUUCGCAAAGACAGCACUGAGUAUUUGCGGAACUACGAGCUAGCGAACAAGAAGGGCGAACGCCAGUUGGACUACAGAUUCAAAAAGGGCACCACCCUUCACACAACACUUAAGGAUCUGGAGAUCACCGAACGUGUGCAGGUCGUUCCAAUGGAAGUCUCUUAAGGAAUAGGGCUUGCACUUAAAUGAUAAUAAAUACAAUUAAUAUGUAUGAAGUUCGGAAAGGCAAAUAAAGAACUUUUAUACUUAAAAGAAAAACGAAAAUGCAGCGAAA